CGUGGCCACGCCCACCCGCCCGCAAGGCCUGCCGGGAAAGCCCCCAUCUUUAAGCGCGUUUGGCUGGCCCGCGGGCGCUGGGAAGUAGAGGCGCUUCCGUCGUUGUUCUUGAGGCUCUGGUGACUGUGGGGUCCGAAUCUUUGAGUGUGAGAAAUUUUACAGAUAGCCACAAUGGCUGAAAAUGGAGAUAAUGAAAAAAUGGCUGCUCUGGAGGCCAAAAUCUGUCAUCAAAUUGAGUAUUAUUUUGGAGACUUCAAUUUGCCACGAGACAAGUUUUUAAAGGAACAGAUCAAAUUGGAUGAGGGCUGGGUACCUUUGGACAUAAUGAUAAAAUUCAACAGGCUAAACCGGCUGACAACAGACUUUAAUGUAAUUGUGCAAGCACUGAGCAAAUCUAAGGCAAAACUCAUGGAAGUGAGUGCAGACAAAACUAAAAUCCGAAGAUCUCCAAGCAGACCCCUUCCUGAAGUGACGGAUGAGUACAAGAACGAUGUGAAAAACAGAUCUGUUUAUAUUAAAGGCUUCCCAACUGAUGCAACCCUUGAUGAUAUAAAAGAAUGGCUAGAUGAUAAAGGUCAAAUACUGAAUAUUCAGAUGAGAAGAACAUUGCACAAAACGUUUAAGGGGUCAAUAUUUGCUGUGUUUGAUAGUAUUCAGUCUGCAAAGAAGUUUGUGGAGACCCCUGGCCAGAAGUACAAAGACACAAGCCUGCUAAUACUCUUCAAGGAAGAUUACUUUGCAAAAAAAAAUGAAGAAAGAAAGCAGAGCAAAGUGGAAGCGAAGUUAAAAGCUAAACAAGAACAUGAAGGAAGACACAAGUCAGGAAGUACCGAAACAAGAUCUCUAGAAGGAAAGAUGGGAUGCCUACUGAAGUUUUCAGGUGACUUGGAUGACCAGACUUGUAGAGAAGAUUUACACAUCCUUUUCUCAAAUCACGGUGAAAUAAAAUGGAUUGACUUUGUCAGAGGAGCAAAAGAGGGAAUAAUUCUCUUUAAAGAAAAAGCUAAGGAAGCACUUGAGAAAGCCAGAAGUGCACAUAACGGUAACCUACAAUUGAGGAACAGAAAGGUGACUUGGAAAGUACUAGAAGGACAUGUGGAAAAAGAAGCAAUGAAAAAAAUCAUGGAGGAUCAGCAGGAAUCCCUAAACAAAUGGAAGUCAAAAGGAGGAGGCCGCAGAUUUAAUAAAGGAAAGGGGAAGGGAAACAGACCUGCCUAUGCUGGGGCACCCAAAGGGAGAGGACAGUUUCAGGGAAGGAGGCCCAGAUUUGAUGAUGAUGACCAUCGACGUGGUCCAGGACCAAUGAAAAGAGGGAGAGACGGAAGAGACAGAGAAGAGCCUGCAUCAAAACAUAAGAAAAGAGAGAAUGGCGCUAGAGACAAGUAGUUUAGUAAACAACGUUUUUAUUCAUCUUAGUUAGAUUUUAAGCUGCUCUUUGUCUUCGGAAGCUUUUAAAAAGAAAAGCGAAUUAGGUCCACUUCAAUGUCCACCUGUAUAAAAGGAAAAAAAUUGUUUGUCUUUUUGUUGUUAUCCAAAUGAAAGUUUUUUAAAAUGUAUAGUUCUGUUUGUGUUUGGAUGAUUCAAAUAUGAAAAGGAAGAUUCUUCCUCUUAAUUGCCUUUGUAAUAUGAGAAUGUAUUAGUACAAACUUGUAAAAUAUAUGCUGUAUAAAAAUA